AUGUCCACUAACACAAACAUCUACAUAGGCACCGACUUUGAAUGGGCCAUCCGGUCAACCGCCACCCCCCCUCCUCCGGAACAGCCGGAACAGCAGCAGCAACAGCAGCAGCAGCAGCAGCAGCAGCAGCAGCAGCCACCGUACCCAGUACAGCCCAGAGAACAAGGUAACGAACCACUCACAAACAUCUACGAAGGCACCGACCUCGAAUGGGACAUCCAGUCAACCACCGAGGCCUCUCCUCCGCAACAGCAGCAGCAACACGACCCAACCGAUCCCUCAGCCACCUCAAAGCUCUCCUGGACCAAAAAUCCUGCCAAUUACGAGUGCAACUUCUGCCCCCAGGCAUUCAAGUUCAAAUACACCCUCAAGGACCACCUCCUGGAGUGCCACCCCAACGAGUAUAAAGCCGUGGAAAAGGCCAAUAACACCUGCGAGCAAUGCCAUCGGGUCUUCGCGAGCUUUUCGAAUCUCAGACGCCACAUCAAGGAGAUGCACGCUGUCGCGGAAAAGCAAGUCGUCUGCAGGAAGUGCCACAUGAUCUUCGCUCGAGACGAGAGUCUCAAGGCCCACCUCCAGAAUUUCCACGCGGACAAGGACUUCGAGAAUGGUCGCGGUAAGUAA